GCUUGAGUAACCUCUUGGUUUUUUGAUCCCUUGAUCGUCUCGUGAAUAAGAAUAAGAAUCAAGAAUAUUUUUGCAGUUAUUGUGUCUUACUUCUCUAUUUCUUGUUUUGUUCGGUUUCUUUGAUCUUUGGGUGACUGCAUACCCAUCCUUGUUUUUCGAAUACCUUGCUUCAGUAUUAAUACCCCUUGGCCCCUUGCGCUUGCUUCCUUCGUUCCUUGCCUCGUGUCAAGCUUCUGCUCGUGAUCAGGGAUUUGCAGUACGCAACUUGCGUGUGGGUCAAGUUCUUGCAGGCAAUAGAUAACGGAAGUAACGAGAUCUCUUUGGUCUCCUGUCGACGCCGCACUUCGUCCUCGUCUUCCUUGUGCACGAUUUGUGCCCUUCCAAGAACAAACACUUCGCAUUAUCCUGCAAGAACAGCAUGAUGGCAAGAGCUUGCACACCCACUACACCUGCAGUUGUGGUCCGGCAGUUGUGGUCCGUCUCUUUGGUGCUUGUCGGCCGCUACUUCGUAACUUUCACAGAAGGGGUUCCAGUUUCCUGCAGUUCGUGCUUCGAGUUCGUGCCUUCUUUGCGGCAGGCACGCCGCGCAAGCCGGCAAGAGGUCAACAUUGUCGUGCCUAGCGAACGACCGAGAGAUGAGGUGACGCUGGCUGAAUACAGCUUAUGGGCUGAAGUAUCAUCUUGUUGAAUGUAUGAGCUUCUCCAUUUGUUCCUGUUAGACUUUGACCACGACUAGUACAGUACUUCUGACUUUUCUCUAAAACCUGAACCCGACCACCUCGGCGCCCCCAACAUGGUCAACGCAUCUUGUGUCAUGGCGCCUGCAGCCCGUCGCGACAGUAACGGCCCUCUCGUGUCUAGAUCAAGAACGGAGUCAACGACCGCUUCUUUGCUCAGUGCGCGAUCAUCUUCGGAAGACUACUAUGAGGACUUUAUGCAGCAUGGCGGAGACAGCAGAAAUAGUCUACUUAGAAGUAGAAAUAGUAUCGAUAGACCGCCAGGAGUAGAUGAUGAAGAACACAUUCUUACCACCAGAAGCGGCAAUCGGCGUCAAAGGUCGUCUUCGAGUUCGGGCCAUCAGUCGAAUAUAUUGUGUGGUCUCGCUUCAUCCUCAAGCUCCAUGAAUUAUAUUGCUCCCGGAGGCGCUUCUCCCUCGACGGAGGUCGCGCAGCCUCCACUGCUGUUUACGGCUUUCGACUUGACGAAUUCUUUGUAAUAGAUCACUUCGGUCUUACCUAGGAAUACGUUGUUCGAGUUUAAGCAAGGUCCUAGCGAAGGUCGUCGCUGUCUAACCUCCCUCUCUGGCCAGUCGAACGUCGAAAUGGAAAUACUGGCUUUUCCAGCUCAUCUGCCACUGUAGCGCGAUCCUCUGCCCAUCAAAUGGAUGUUGUAGACCACCAAACGCAAACUUCUCCCGAUGACGAAAUACCUCGUCAAGAAACGCGUCUUCCAUCAAGAACUCGGACGCUUGCAACGACGUCAGAUGAUAUUACUAGAGGCUCUCCUGCCUUUUCUGCGCAACAUCUACAGCGCACAUCGUCGAGCGAGAAUAUCGCGUCCAGUGUUUUUCCGUUUCUUGUGAGAAGCUCUAUCACCAGCCCGUCCUCCAGCACGCUUAAUCGACAGGAAACCUCCCCCGAAAGCAACUAUUCUGCACCUGUCCUUCCUGCAGCAGGAGGACAACUACACCUUCCAGAAUCUCGUACUUCUUCUACUAGAUCUCGAAUUGAAAACGAAGGUGAACCACUACAUAGUACUAAUGCACCAUAUGAUUAUGCAGAUCCAGACGCACAAGAAGAAAGGAGGAUGGAGCUGGAAGAAAAAAUUGUGGACGACGAUAAGCCACAAUUAAGGGUUGGAAGUUGACCUAUCAUCUAAGAGCAUCUCUAUGGCUUCUUCAAGUAGGAAACCCAUAGAUAAUAUGCGAGCUAGAGACGCCAACUUUCAACCCCUAACACAAGACUCCUCCUAUGUCUAUUGUCCUCCACCAAAUGCUCCAGUGGACUACAAUCCCUGCGUGAUCUGCCUCAAUUCCGACGAUCUAGUGCCGCAAAUCCCCUGCGUAGAGAUGCUACCAGAUUCGGACUUGAGGAGACUGAUGAGCCGAUGCGCGCACUUCAACCACGUUCAUCAGGACUGUCUGCGCGCGUUGCUCUUUGCGACUUCGCAAUACGGCUUGACUUGAUUUUCUUGGAUAUUUGCAACCUAGUAGUUUCCUCCUUAAUCAAAUUCUUCAAAGAUACAUAUCACGCAGAAGCCAUGCGGACUCUACCCGAGCAAGAGGUUGAAAAAUAAAUGCGCUCCCACUUUGGAGCGACGUGCUUACUUCAUCUACCUCUAAUCACAACAAUCCGAGACAGACGAAAAUCCAGCGGCACUGAUAGCACGCUGUCCGCUGUGUAGGGAACCGCUUUUGGAGCCGGAUGACGCCUCUUCCGCAAGUACUGCUGCCAUAUGAAGCUAUCUUUAUCUUUAUUAAGGUGAACCGGUACCCCAUAGCGAAUAAACCUGGGCACACAACCAGAGAGCUGAUCACUCACCGGAGGCGUUGCGCAGGGCUCCGGCCUGCCUUCGAAGGUAAGACCUAUGGGGCUGACAGGGCGACGAUACCGCCGACGCUUACUUAGUUAGUUUUAGCAGAUAGGAGGAUACUUGGGGAUAGUUACCCUUUUCUCUUUUCUAGCUUCCUCUGGUCUUUCUUUUUUCUAGUUAGGUCUGCUCCACCACAAUUUAUUAAGUAGACCUCAGAUUUUUUGCAAGUAUUUACUGUUCGUAAACCUCAGGUUCAGAAUAUUACUAUUAGUAGCGCGUUUCUUAGGCGCCAUUGUCCCCACUUGCUCAACAUUUCUACAAGCGAUUUUCAUGAUUGCCUACGAGGGAGCUAACGCCAAGCCUAGUUUCUUGAUUUUGUUCAUACUACCUUGGUGGACCAGCUGCACCAGGGGGAGACCCCGUUGUGCGUUCUCGGACUCCGGUUGUUGUAGAUCCACGAAUGUUAUUAAGUGUUUGUUCCAAAUUGCAUUCCUCACUACCAGCGUCCUUGCCUUACUUUCCAAUUCAUAGGAAAGACGUCUUCAAGGAUGUUGAUCUGAAGAAUGUAAUUGCGCAGCCUCUAAGAAUGGCUUCGCAAUCGCAAGGGGAGUCCUCUAGUCCAGGAGUUGCUAGGAGUCUCAGUCGAAGCAACACUGUGUUUCUUCCAACUGGACCGCCUACGCGUAGCGAUAGAAUGUCCUUCUUCCGAUCGACACAGCUUUGCAGACUCAAGAGCACAUUGUUGCAGUAUGGUUUAAGGCAUAAAUAAGUAAAAAUGAACCAAAACUCGAUACAUAAAACAAUGUUCUGGCAGCUAUGCUUUUAAAGACUCGUUGUUCCAAGGUGGAUGAAGAAUAGAAUCUAUCAGAAGGACCGCAAGACACAUUCCAAUCAAAUAGACCAAAACCCUCUCUUGCCUUUGUGCUCAAUUACCCUCUAGCACGUGGUGUGUAUUAUUCCUGCUUUCAUAGCAAGGUCUCCGACCACACUUUGCAUUUGCACCGCAAAACCGACAGCUCGAUACGGACAUCCCUCCGAAUGCUUUCGGGGCCAGCAGUAGUAUUAUGAAAAAUGCUUGUAUAAUUUGAUGUCAGAGGUGGUAUUGACAGAUGAUGUCCUGGAUAUUGUUUAGGCUCCAGAGUAGUAUGUGAAUGUGUAUGACUGCUCGAAACUUAUGGAUGCCUAUGCCUAUACUAGACAUAUCUACUUGGGCUUGGAUUUACCGAAGUAGUUCAUCUACUCACUAGAAGUAAGUAUCAUCUAUGAUACAUGGAGAUGGAGGAGAUGAUCAUAAUGGAUUUAGGUUUCCGUUUCAUCCUGUCGAGGUUCUUCUUGACUACUUAUUUAAUCCAAUCGACGACCAUCCGCAUACCUCCUUCCUUUCCGUUCAUGUUGAGCAGCUAUAGGGUAGCACGACGCAAUUCGGCGGGAAGGCGAAUUACAAUGGGAGUUACAUCACGGAUUGCGCCACAAAGAGAGUGAGAACAAGUUGUGAGAGAAGUUGUUUAGACCAUGAUAAUUGUAGGUUGAGACGAGAACCUGAUAGUUGACAUAAAAAGAACGACCUUGAGUGAAAAAGAGGACUUGACAACACUGGCACUAUAAAGGCAACCGGUGGUAACGACCACAGUUGACUCCUGUAGGUCCAACUCAUUUAUUAGAUCAUGUCUAUUGUGAAAGAAUUUGGAAUUUCUGUACUGCUCGACUGAAGUAGAAGACCUUGUUUGCAAAUUGUCCCAAGAUGACCUUGACCUCCAGCUCUGAGUCUGAACAUAUAAGGAUGAAGAUGAUGUAGUAGUUACUUCUACCAGCUGUAUCUUCCUACUACUGGAUGCAGAUGAUUUAAUUUUUGUUCUCGUGACCGGCCACAAAUAGACGAAUUUAUCAUGUUUGCAGAAGGAAAUGUGAUACGCUUUGUUUGGAAUGAAAACUUAGUUCUUGUGCUCGAGCUUGG